CCUUUCCUUCGAAAACGGCGUCAGAGGGUAAUGGGAGGGGGAUGUAAAGGUGGUAGGAAGAACGGAGACAACAUAGGCAGCCACUGUACAGUGUAUACAUAUAUAUACGACUGUGCUGUUUCAAGUGGUAGGGCGAAGAGGAACAGCGGCGGCAUGGCCGGGCAGCACUACUGCCUGCGCUGGAAUAACUACCAAUCAAACAUGACGUCCGUUUUCCAUCAACUACUUCAAACGGAAGCUUUUGUCGACGUUACCCUGGCAUGUAACGAAGCUUCCUUAAAAGCGCACAAAGUGGUAUUAUCGGCGUGCAGUUCCUACUUUCAAAAGCUCCUACUUUCAAAUCCCUGCAAACAUCCGACAAUCAUUAUGCCACAAGAUGUAUGCUUCAAUGAUCUCAAAUUUAUUAUAGAAUUCGUCUACAGAGGAGAGAUCGAUGUUUCGCAAGCAGAACUUCAGUCACUGUUGAAAACAGCCGAUCAACUAAAGAUCAAAGGAUUGUGCGAGGUGCCUGAAAGCAGAGACGGCCCACCCUCGGUAAGUUUGAGCUCACCGCCGAGAGAGCCUGGUACACCUAGGAUAAAUUUCACCAAGCUGAAGAGGCAUCAUCCGAGAUACAAGAGGCCCAGAACGACGUUCGAGCCUCGUGCCACGGAUUCCAGACAUUACGAUCGAUACAAAGAGGAGGAAUCGAACGAAAAUUACAAUUGGGAGCAUAAAGAGACCCACAUAGACUGGCAACCCGAAGAUGAAGAGUGCACGGAGGCAACAGCGGGAGCAGUAGUCUUGGAAACUUGCCAACGCAACAGUAACAAUAGUACCAUUACCACCGGCAACACCAGCACCACUAGCAAUAAUAACAAUAAUAACAAUAAUAAUAACAACAACGGCGCUAACGACAACGGCAACGGUAACAGUGCGAGCAAUAACAACAACAAAGGUGACAUGUUUUGUCAUACAGGCCUCGGACAUUAUGGCCAUCAUCCGGAUCCCGGAGAGGUUGACCUACCACCUGAAACACAACCAACACCACCAAGUGCCACGUUGGUAGGCACUACGAUUACCCAUUUAAGAGACCCAGAUCAUCAUUCCACAGACAUUCAAAAUUGUGACAGUGUAAAAAUCAAAUUCGAAACGUUGCAUACGAUGGAUUCGUCGGACACGAUCGAUAUCGAUAGCCACAUGUCGGAUCGGGCGAGCGUUAGUUCAAAGAACGCGGCUGAUAGUGAUAAUAUGAUGAUGAUCACACCAGAGUUACUUGGAUUAAUGCCCUCUGGAAGUUCUGUUCAUUCGGAUUCAGGCGAAAAUAAUUCAAGAGGGCAUUCUGGACAAUCCAGCUCUCAUCACCAUGGCUCAAAAUCAUGGACUCAAGAGGAUAUGGAUGCUGCUCUGGAAGCCUUAAGAAAUCAUGAUAUGAGUCUUACGAAAGCUUCUGCAACGUUCGGUAUACCCUCGACGACCUUGUGGCAAAGAGCGCAUCGGCUUGGCAUCGAUACUCCAAAAAAGGAUGGACCUACUAAAUCAUGGAGCGAUGAGAGUUUAAACAAUGCGCUUGAUGCAUUACGAACGGGCACAAUAUCGGCGAACAAAGCUUCAAAAGCGUUUGGCAUACCAUCGAGCACCUUGUACAAAAUCGCGAGAAGAGAAGGCAUCAGAUUGGCUGCACCUUUCAACGCCAGUCCUACUACCUGGUCACCAGCUGAUCUCGAUCGCGCCCUCGAAGCGAUACGUUCCGGUCAAACGUCUGUGCAAAGAGCCUCCACGGAAUUUGGAAUACCAACGGGAACGUUGUACGGUCGAUGCAAAAGAGAAGGAAUAGAACUUAGUAGAAGCAAUCCUACACCAUGGAGCGAAGAUGCUAUGACUGAAGCUCUCGAAGCUGUUAGGUUAGGUCAUAUGAGUAUUAAUCAAGCAGCAAUUCAUUAUAACCUACCGUACUCUUCUUUAUACGGUCGUUUUAAGAGAGGAAAAUACGAAGAACCAACGGUUGGUGAGAUAUCUCAAGACGGUAGCAGUCCCCAUUUCCAUCAAAGUCCAAGUCAAAAUCAUUCGUCUGCCGUACCGGAUCAAAUGCCGUAUCAAGGCAGCUGAAACUUGCCUCUUUAUUAGAAUGGUUUAAGUUAAUUUUAAAUCCUCGAAUUCCUUACUGCAAUUUUGCAAUCGAUAUUCGCUCUUUGAACGAAGCCAAACAAUAUGAAACGACUAUAAAUGUCAUCGACCAAAAGCGUGUUAUAUCACAGAAACGAUUGACGAACAAAUUCUUCUCAACAAUUUAAUGCCGAAAGCAGACUUGUGGGAUUGUAAAAUAAUACGAUGAUAAUCGAAAAACCGGAACAGAAUUGAAUUAGUUCCAGAAACAUGAUGAUGUCGCGAAGAGUGACCAGAUGAUGGACGAAAAAUAUAUUGAGAGAUGUGCAGUAUUACAGAUGGAUCAUCAUAAGCAAAUAUUAUGUACAUUGUAUAACUGUUACGUCGAAUCGGACACGUAGAAUUUAAUUAUAAUUUAUAAGAAUUAUUUAUAAAAAAAAAAGUUGUACAGUAUCGGGAUAAUACCGAUAAACCUACCAUAGCAUAUAAGUUGCCGAUACAAUGGGCCAAUAUGAGAGAAUAUUAAAUAUUCUACAGUCGAUUAGUAACUUCGAUAAUAACUUCGACGUUUCAAUCGAUUUUUAUGCAAUUAUCGUAAUUUUUAUGUCUCCUUAGUCGAUCACAUUUUUUUAAAAAAAUUAUUCAAUUUCGAUAUCUGUCACGCAAUUAAUCGUUGUUAUAUACAAUAUCUGUUUUAAUAAAACAGAAAAUUGAAAAAAGAAAAGAUAUCAUGGAUAAAAAUAAGAAAAAAAUUUUAUUAAAAAUCUUUCUGCAUUUAUAUAAACUAAA